AUGGGGAGGGAGGCAGGAACAAGCCUUCUGCAGGGAGAACAGAACCUGCAAGAGGAGCCAGGUCCUGGGAAGCAGAUUUCUCCAGGAGAAAAAAAGUCCGAUGAGCAAUCUCUGAAGACAAGGAUAGGCUGCCUUUUGGAACGACCUCCCCUGCUGUCUCUGCAGCCCUUUGCUCCUACAGUGGCCACCAGACACUCACAGGCAUUGAGAAAGGCGCUCCAGGCUGAAGAACCAGCACAGCAAGAAGCAGUGGAAAUUCGAAGGCUCACGGAGCCGGCCGAGCGGGCAGACGGCAGGCAUCCCCCGGAGCCCGGCGGGCUUCCCGGCCCGGACCCGCAGGGCUUCGUCCCUCAGAAGGAGAUCGUCUAUAACAAGCUGCUGCCCUCUGCCGAGCGGCUGGACGUCAAGUCCGACUUGCAGCUGGCCCAGAUCAAAAGCAACCUGGGCCGGGCCGUGCAGCUUCAAGAGCUGUGGCCCGGGGGCCUCUUCUGGACCAGGGAACUCUCCACAUAUAUUCGACUUUAUGGGAGAAAAUUUAGCAAAGAAGAUCAUGUUCUUUUUAUCAAGUUAUUGUAUGAGCUGGUAUCAAUUCCAAAACUGGAAAUCAGCAUGAUGCAGGGAUUUGCCCGUCUCUUGAUCAACUUGUUAAAGAAAAAGGAACUUCUUUCAAGAGAUGAUUUGGAGUUACCUUGGAGACCACUUUAUGACAUGGUGGAAAGAAUAUUAUAUUCCAAGACAGAGCACCUGGGAUUAAAUUGGUUUCCUAAUUCUGUAGAAAAUGUUCUCAAAACACUCGUGAAAAGCUGCCGACCAUACUUUCCAGCAGAUGCCACAGCUGAGAUGCUAGAAGAAUGGCGGCCUUUAAGGUGCCCUUUUGAUGUAACAAUGCAAAAGGCCAUCACUUAUUUUGAAAUAUUUCUUCCUACCUCCCUUCCUCCAGAACUUCAUCAUAAAGGUUUUAAACUUUGGUUUGAUGAAUUAAUUGGCCUUUGGGUUUCAGUGCAAAAUCUCCCACAGUGGGAGGGGCAACUAGUAAAUCUCUUUGCUCGAUUGGCUACAGAUAAUAUAGGGUACAUAGAUUGGGAUCCAUAUGUACCAAAGAUAUUUACGAGAAUUCUGAGAAGCUUGAACCUCCCAGUGGGAAGCAGUCAAGUGUUAGUCCCAAGAUUUUUAACAAAUGCUUAUGAUAUAGGACAUGCUGUGAUAUGGAUCACCGCUAUGAUGGUUAUGUUGUUUGGCUGGAUGUUUCUGUGGAAAAUGCAGGAUGGUUGUGAGAAGUUUAACUCUUAAAUUUUAUUUUUAGAUUUUAAAGAAUAAUUCAUUCUCCCCCUGUUUUUGCUAUUUCGUUAUUAAGCACGGAAAAUCACAUUUUCUUUCUAAUACUCCAU